AUGCAGAGGAAUGGAUCUCAUCACGGGAUGAUCAGAUCAGAUGUAUUUAUAGGAUACAAGACCUCCUCCAUGACCUUAGCGCAGUACUCCUCCACAUUUCCUAACUUCACAUGCUCUUUCAAGCCCAACAGGCCACACAGUGCUAAUUGGCCACCCAGUAAACCACUCAAAAUCCCCACAACUCCAAUAACAGACCGAGUGUUAGACUUUGGCAAGUACAAGGGCAAGAUGCUAGGCACUCUACCAUCUACUUACUUGAAAUGGGUUUCCAAGAAUCUUCGUGCUGGUGACUUUGAGCACUGGGCUAAGUUAGCCGACCAAGUGCUUCAAGAUCCAGUUUACAAGGACAGAGUAGAGUGGGAAUUUGCUGAUGCUGUUUUAAAGGGAACCAACAGUAAGAAUAGUAAUGCAAUCAGCGGUUCUUCUUCUUCUUUUUUGUCAAGAAAUGACGAGGAUGAUAGUGCAGUGUCAAGAUUGUUGGAGAUAAGUGAGAGGUUUGGUUGGGAUAAUGAAGAUAAGGCUGGGUGGGGUAGAGUCAACUUUGAGCUUUUGGGUACUACUAAAGGUGGAAAAAUACCAAGAAGAUCAUCUUCCUCCAGUGGUGGUGUUAAAGAAGAGAAAGGUUUUUCGAGGUUGGAGGAUGGAGAGAAUAAUCAUAAGGUUUUAUCAGAGAGUGAAGAUAGGAGGAGGGAGAGAAGAGAAAGGGCCAAGUUGAAGAAACAAGUGGGGGUAAGGAAGGAUAAGAUUGGGAUUGUAAUGAAGAGUAAGGAUGGUUUUGUAAAUGGGGUUGAUGGUGAUGGUGGGAUUAGGCUUGAGGGAUCAAAACCAGGGAGUGUUGAUCAUCAAGAUUGGAAGGUGGAGAAUAAUAGUCCAUUUCCUGGACGAGAAUCCCUCUUGAACAAACUGCCUGAUCAUCUGCUCAUAGAGAUUUUUGUCAGAGUCCCUAUAUCAGAGUGGGCUCAAAUAUCUUGUGUUAAAAGGCAAUGGGCUAAUGUGUUUCGUGGAGAAUGCUUGUGGCAAGCUGCUCUUAGCAGAACCUAUCCUCUUGCUCACCAAACUAAAAGAUGGCCUGGGCCUAUACCGCGAGGAUUGAGCAGAAGGCAAAAGCAGUUUCAUGAGUACACACUCUUGACUGCAGAUGACUUUGUUUUAGCAGAUCAGUUUAUUGCUUGUGGGAAAUCAAGGGAUACUGCCCAUGAGCUUGCUUCACAAAUUUGGCUUGCUGUUCUCGACAAUUUGGAGGACAACGAGCAUACAUUUCUCUUACUGAAACGUCUUGCGCUAGAGGGUGACGUGAGUUGCAAUUCUGAAAAUUCUGUUAAUUUACCUUAUAAGCAGACUGUUAGUUUUACUUUCCAGAUACUCGAAACCAUUGCUUACACGCAUGUGUGUGCUUGUGGAGUUGCGGUUCUAGUUUGA